CAAAUACAGCCUGCAACUGAUUUCACACGGAGCUUGACAAGCGACUCGAAGGCGCACGGUUGCUCGGCUCCGGAGGGGCGCGUGACCUGGUGUAUAACUGCACAAUUUUAAGCUAAUAGUGAGACUGGACAUUGUAAGACUGCAGCUUUAAGCUGGCUCUGUUUCUUCCACUGCGCGAGGAAAUGCAAGAGGUCCCGCCAGAUUUCGAGGACGUGCAUAUAGCAGAAGCUCGGGUGGAUGUUCCCAGCACAUGGCGCGACCAGAUUGUGAACACGAAUGCGGUCGCGACGGAGACGCACCCAUUGAAGUGCGCUGAGGUUGAGACGCAGACCGGUAGCAAGGAUAACCAAGGCACGCAGACCGACGAUGCCGGCGGCGGCCGGCCGCCGUCGCCCAGCAAGGUCCAGGCUUCUGGAGUAGCUGACUUCAUGGCGAAGGUGGAAGGCAUGGUGGCUGGGGAGCUGGUGAAGGCAACGGAGGAGCACGAAGUGCUGGAGCCGUUCACACGGGCGGCGGAUGACGAGCAGGAGCCUGCGACGUGCAUCCACUACCUGUCGCCGUUCCAGCAGGACGCAGCGGCCAACCAGGACCUCAACGCCACCAGCACCCAGCUCAACAAGCACAAGCUGGUGGUCACAGGCGUGUCAUGGAGCAGCACCGGUCAGACCAUCGCGGCCUCGUUCGGCAGGUACGACGUUGUGGGCUGGUGCACGUACCCUGGCAUGCUGUGCACGUGGAACCUGGGCCGCGAGGAGGUGAAUGCCACGCGGCCUGACACCCGCAUCGACACCGAUACCUGCCUCAUGAGCUGCGCCUUCCACCCGGCGCACCCGGCGCUGAUCGCGGGCGGUACCUUCAAUGGAGAGCUGUACGUUUGGGACCUUAGCCUGGAGGGCGACAGCCAGCGCGGCCGCUCCGACGUGCUGCUGGACGUGCGGCACAUGGAGCCCAUCAUCGCCAUCACCUGGCAGUACAACAUGACGGACGCGGCAAAGUACGGCACCAAGGACAAGUCGUACCGGCUGGUGACGCUAGGCGCGGACGGCAAGGUGCUGACGUGGCUGUGGCACAAGCUGGAUGCGCCCGUGUACGGGUACCAGCUCAUGUUCCCGCAGCCAGGCGUGGACCGCAAGUUCGUGUGGGGAGGCGCCUGCAUGGGCUUCCAGCGUGAGCCACGCGGCACCAGCACCGCCGCGCGCGACAAGGAGACGGGUCUGCACGGCGGCGACGCAGCGGGCACUUUCCUUGUGGGCACGGAGGGCGGCAAGAUCUUCAAGUGCUACAACGACGCCAAUGACGUCAACACCAAGGAGUUCUCGCGUGCCGUGGGUGCGGGUGAGCGUGUCGAGCUGCGCACGCCGGUGCGGGAGGGCGGCUACCAGCCACACGCCGGAGCCGUGUUCGGUCUGGACUGCUCGCCGUUCCAGCGCGAGCUCUUCCUGACCGGCUCCACGGACGGCAGCGUGCGCAUGUACUCGUCGCUGCGCAUGCAGCCGCUGCUGCACCUGGAGCCCACCUCCUCCUACCUGUUCGUGGUGCAGUGGAGCCCCUUCCGGCCGCUGGUGUUCGCCGCGGCGGCAGGCGACGGCUGCGUGUACCUGUUCGACCUGGCCCGGCAGCAGGAGGUGGUGCGGCCGGUGCUGACGCUGGACGCCAACGGCAUGCGCAAGCCCGUGUACUCGCUAGCCUUCAACCCGCGCAAGCCCGACAUGCUGGCGACAGGAGACCCCACCGGCAUCCAGAUCUGGCGGCUGCCGUCUUCGCUGACGUCGGUGCGCCGCGGCGAGGAGGCGCUGCUGCGGAAGCUGGCGGUGGCGGACGACGUGCCCGAGGCACUGCGCGGCAACUUCACGCGGUAGAGUGGCAGUGCCGGCAGCGGUACCGGUGGCGGAUUAAAGUUGGCGCGGGGGUGGCGGAGCGGGUGAUGCUUGUGCGACCAGCCGCGGGAGGGGCCAGGACUGGUUUAGGCCAGAGCCAGGAUGGCGUGGAGGAUACAAUAGGUGGUUGCUAUCAUGGCAUGAGCAGAGCUCCAUCGGGGUGCAGGAAGCGAUGUGGAGUUCCGGAUAGACAUGCUUUGGCGCGAGCUGAAGCGAUGAGUCGAGAAUGGGGCGUGACUCUUGCAGGUGGAGGUGGUGCGGAGGCGGGGGAAUGCAGCAGGACCUCUGCGUGAGUCAGUUAAUCUGUACAGUUUGUACAUAUAAAUCGCGGGGAGGUGCUGAGACGCACCCGCUCGCAAAACAGGAUUGCAUGGGCGCUGCAUGUAAGUGCAUGAUGGG